CAUCGCAUUGUGGAUGAAGAACUUGAGAGGAUGCCAAAUCUAAAAUUUCUCAAGUUAUAUAGAGGGACUUUUGCCGGAGACAUCAACAAUAAUCUCCAAGAGCUAAGAUGGCUUUCUUGGCAUUAUCCUCCUUUAGAUCCUAGAAUGGCCAAUGUACACUUGAAAAAUCUAGCACUUUUCGAACUUUCAUACAAUAAAAACACCGACAACUGGGGUGGAUGGAACAUUUUGAAGUGACCUUUGCAGAUGGAAAACAAAUUGAAAGUUCUUUCUCUCUCCUAUUGUGAUGGAUUGAAACGGAUUUCAGACUUUUCUGGAUGCCUGAGUUUGGAGAUACUAUCUCUUCAUGGCUGUCCAAACUUGCAAGAAGUUGACUCCUCUAUUGGGAAACUAAAAGAUCUUACUCACUUGAAAAUUAAUUGGUGCGGAAAUCUUCGAAAUUUCUCGAAAGAGAUUGGAGGACUAGUGAAUCUGAAGCACCUUUCUCUCAACAGUUGCUCCAAAAUCAAGAAACUUCCAGACAUCGGGAAAUUAGCAUCAUUGUCUAAGUUGGAUAUAGCACAAACAAAAAUUACAAUUUUACCCGAUUCUAUUGGCAAUGCAAAGAACCUAUCAUCCCUCUAUCUUUUAGGCACGUUAAUUGUGGAACUUCCAAUUUCUAUUGAAGAGCUUAUGCAACUCGAAUUCCUUUCACUCUCUGGUUGUCAUAAUUUUGUGGAGCUUCCAGAAUCAAUAGGUUAUUUGACAAAAUUACAGAUGUUGGAUCUCUCAGGGACAAAAAUUAUUGAGUUACCUAAUUCGAUAAAGAAUCUCAAGCAGUUGAAGGUGAUGAGGAUGGCAUCCUGUCCAAUACAGAGGUUGCCAGCCGGUAUUGGAAUGCUAGAGAGCAUGGAGGAGCUCAAUGUUCGAAAUUGUCAACAACUCGCAAGCGAACUCCCAACUGCAAUUGGCGAACUGUUGUCUCUAAGUAUCCUAGACAUGUCGCAAACUUGUGUUUGUGCAGUGCCAACGACAAUCAAUUCCCUCACGCGACUCCAAAAGCUGAAUCUAUCAUUUUGUGAUGAUCUUCAAGAGCUGCCAAAACUUCCCUCGAGUUUGAAUUCUACGUGUUAAAUCGGCAUCAUUGCAUUUAGUUCCGGAUCUUAGUUACCUCACAAAUCUGGUGGUUUUGGAACUGUCCAACAGCUCUGGACAAGCACUUGCCCAGGCAUCAACUCUUCAAUUGCAAUGGGUUGGGAAGUUAUCUAAGCUGGAGCGGUUGGAGUUGUGCCUUUCAGAUCUUCCCGUGCCGUCAACGGAGUUGGGUUGCCUACCUCGACUUAAAAAACUCACCUUACCUCGCAUGGAUAGUUUCAACUCGGUAGUCGUUGGACCACAAUUUUCGCACUUGAAAAAUUUGUCCACAUUGCAUCUUUGUCGCUGUCCAUUGAGGGAAAUUCAACUCGAUGGGCUUGAACUAUUGGGAGAUUUGACUUUGACAUAUUGUGAGUUUCUCGAGGGAUUGUCAAUUAUUUCAUCGAGCUUGAGGAUGCUUUCUAGAUUGGAAGUUAGUAAUUGCCCAGAGUUACUUCAAAUUCGAUUUCUCAGUACGAUGGAAUCAUUGGAGAGUCUCAUAGUUAAAUUCUGCGAAUCCCUAGGAGGGUUGUGUGGUUUAUCAAAUUCGAAGAAGUUGAAGACUUUAAUGUUCGGCGUGUGCCCUAUGCUACGGGUUAUUGAGGGACUUGAAGAAUUGGAGCUUUUGCAGCAAUUGACUUUCAUCACGUGUCCAUCGUCGAAAGUGUUGACUAAUCUAUCCAACUCAAAGAUACCAAAUGAAUGCAUAAUAGAUGUAUGGGACUGCGAGAAGUCACCAGAAUGCUGUGGUGGCCGUUACGGGGAUUAUAGAGAGGAGAUUCUUGAGUGGACGAGGAGGGGAUUAAACCAGGAGGGUGCGGCGCAAUUCUUGAAACGUGGCCGACGGCUCAUCGUACAGAUGUUAAACAAAUUGGAAGUUCCUUAUGACACGUUAACUAAAUAUUAUGGAAUUUCCGUAACAUUGAAAUGGACUGGUUACCCUAGUUUGGAGACAUUGUAUUUUCACUACUGUCUAAACUUGCGAAAAUUUGACUCUUCUAUUGGGAAGAUGAAAGUUCUUACUCGCUUGGACAUUAUUCGGUGUACGAAUCUUCGAACUUUACCCGAAGAGAUUGGAGGACUAGCGAAUUUGACGCACUUCUCUAUCAAAAAGUGCUCUCAAAUGGAGAAACUUCCACACUCUAUAGGGAAAUUAGUAUCAUUGUCUAAGUUGCAUAUAUCAUCCUCGAGAAUUACAAGUUUUCCUGAUUCAAUUGGCAAUGCAAAACAUCUAUCAUUCCUAAAUCUAUUAGGCACACCAAUUGUGGAACUUCCAAUUUCCAUCGGAGAGCUUACGCGACUCGAGUUUCUUUCACUAAAAGAUUGUCGAAAUUUGGGGGAGCUUCCAGAAUCAUUAGGCAACUUGACAUCAUUACAGAAGUUGAAUCUGUCAAGGACAAACAUUGUUGAGUUACCUAAUUCGAUAAAAAAUCUGAAGCAACUCAAGGUGAUGAGGAUGGGAUUUAGUCCAAUAAGGAGGUUACCCGCUAGUAUUGAAAUGCUAGAGAAGUUGGAGGAACUCUAUGCCGAACAUUGUGAACAAUUUGUAGGCGAACUUCCGACUGAAAUUGGCAAACUAUUUUCUUUAAGUGUCCUCGACAUUUCAUAUACUCGUAUUAGUGCAAUGCCGAAGGCAAUUGAUUAUCUCACGCGACUCCAAAAGCUGGAUUUGACACAUUGUAAUGAACUUCAAGAGUUGCCAAAGCUUCCCUCGAGUUUGCGUUGUCUACGUGUUCACUCAGCAUCAUUGCGGUUAGUUCCAGAUCUCAGUAACCUCACGAAUCUAGUGGAAAUGCUUUUGUCUAACGGCUUUGGACAAGCACGUGCCCAACCAUCAAAUCCAAUGCAAACUUUCCGAUUGCAAUGGGUUGGAAAGUUAUCUAAGCUGGAGAAGUUGAGUUGGGGCCUUUCAGAUUUUCCCAUUUCAUCAACAGAGUUGGGUUGCCUACCUCGACUUAGAGAACUCACUUUAUCUAGUAUGGACAAUUUUGACUCGAUAGUUGUUGGACCGCAAUUUUUCAACUUGAAAAAUUUGUCCAUAUUGUGUCUUCAUAGCUCUCCACUGAGGGAAAUUCAACUAGAUGGGCUUGAGCUAUUGAGAAAUUUAGGUGUGAGAGAAUGCGAGUUUCUCGAGCGACUGUCAGUAAUUUCAUCAAGCCUGAGGAAGCUCUAUAAUAUGGAAGUUUUAGAUUGCCCAAAGCUACUUGAAAUUCAAUUUCCCAGUACAAUGGAAUCAUUAGAGGAACUUCGAGUUGGCUACUGCGAUUCCCUGGGAGGGUUGCAUGGUUUAUCAAACUCGAAGAAAUUGAAGGCUUUGCAGAUCUACCAAUGCAAUGGGCUACGGGUUGUUGAGGGCCUUGAGGAAUUGGAGCUUUUGGGUUUUUGUAUCUUUCCAAGUGUGGAUCGUUGGAGAGGUUGACCGAUGUAUCCGACUCAAAAAUACCAAAUGAAUGCAGGAUAGAAGUAUGGGGUUGCAUGAAACUAAGUAGUUAUGAGGGUACUUACCGGGGUUACAAAGAGAUGAUUCUUGUCAUGAUGAGAACGACAUUCAACGAGGAAGAUGCAAGGGAAACAGAUGCAGAAGGAUCAAUGAUGGAGACCGAAAUCUACUAUCCUCAGAACUCGCCAUUGACUGUAGGGCCUCCAGAACCUGGCGCUGAGCUCGACUCUAGAAGUUUGAAUGACUUUCAGUCUCCUCCACGAACCUCAUCUGCAGAUGUUUCCAAGUGUUCGUGCUCAAUUCUAUGAACAAAAUGUGACUGAUUCAAGCAACGGACAGAUGAAUGAAUUCACAAUGUAAUUGAGUUUGGGAAUCUUGGGAAAUUGCGAGGAGUAAUGGAGUUUGCUCUAAGGACAUGUCCCCCCUCUUCCAGGUCCAUCAGAAGAGAAACUUAUUAUCGAUUUGUCCAAGAUGUGGAGGAGAGCUCUAUUGCUAUGUACCACCGAUCGAGUUCCCGCGAAUUGGAUUUUUGGACUUCACUGGAUACAGCAGGCCGCCAAGGGACUAGUUUCGGGUUGAUUACACUGAAGCUACUGUGGAAUGGUUUCCUUAUGCAAUGUAUGGAGAGCUAGGAAUGACUUGCUGCAUAAUCAAGUUGCUCCUGUUGAUGUUGGGAUGAAUCCCCUCGUGUUUGCAGCAAGAUAUAAUAUCGAAGGGUGCAAAAGCUGCUGCAGACAAAAGUUAUUCGGAUUUGGCAUUUACCUGAAGUGUAUUGGUAUGCCUAGCCUUUAAUAACUAGUCUUGUAACAGUUUUGGAUAUUUGGGCAGUUAGUGUUCACGUUCUAGUUGGAGCUAAGAUUGUUGCUUGAGUAGCGUGCUAACGAUAUUGUUAGGUUUGGAUAAAUUAUAGAGUGGACAAUUUGAUGGAGAUCUUUGAUGAAUCAACUUUGAGGAUGGUAGGUCUCAAGGGUUCUUUAUCUUUAUUUAUUUAUUUAUUUUUGGGUAGGUCUUGAGUUUGAAAAGCUGGAAUUUGAUGUAUUUAGGUUUCAUUGAUUCACUAAACAAUGAUUAUCACCACAAAAAUGAUUCUGGUCACCUAUUAAUUAUCA